AUUUCUCAAUCCCUCUUCGUCCUAGUCGCCGCGCGUCGCGCUUUACACUCCCCCGCGCACGCAGCACGCAUUCUCUCUCGCUCCGAGUCCGAGUCACAAGUGAAAAAUACGUUGUGGAAGCACGUCUCAGAGAGCGGCUAUGGGCAGAAAGAAAAGCAAGGGGGCGUUCGCGGCUCCUGGUCUCACCGACGGGACGGAUAAAGCCGGCGCCGACGGCAGCGCGAGUGACGGCUGGGAUUGGCUUCAGCUAAAGGGGAAGCCGUUAAAUAGCAGCUCGGCAGAACCUGCCAGCGGCGAUAAGAGCGCCGGCACAUGCGGCGGCAAGAGCGGCGGAAAGGGCGGCGUUAAGGGCGGCGGUCAGGGAGGUACGAGUGCUCCACCAGUGAAAACCGGACGGAACACGUCAGCCGCUGCGAAAGCGCGCGAUAGCAAGCCGACGGCUGCUUUUGUUAAGAGUGCAUCGCUGGCAGUCUCAGGAGGCAAAAGCGCUUUGGCCCCAAGCCUAAAGAGCGGACAGACACAGGGGGCUGGAACGGGGAAGGCUCCAGGAGUAGCAGUAGCAGCAGCAGCGGCGGCGGCGGCGGCGGCGGCGGCGGCGGCAGUUGCAAGGGGGGCAUCGCAUGGUAAAGAAGCUGGUCUCACAUCUCCGCUCCUUACUUCCGCUCCCAGUCAAAGUCCAACCAACGCCAGCACUGGCGGUAAAGGCAGACCUGCUGCUUCUGGAGACGCUGCCGCCGCCGCUUCCGCCGCUGCUACCGCCUCUGCCACCGCCGCUGCGGGCGCCGCUGCGGGCGCAGAUGCGCGAGUUGGGAAAGGGCAUUCAGUGGUGCCGGGAGGUGGCCAGGCGACAGUAGUGGGUGGGGGAAAGCGGGGAGUGGCUAAGCAGGGAGGAAAGCCCUCGGUGCUCCGACCAGCAGCAGCAGCCGCAGCAGCAGGUACUGGUGGUGACAGUAAAGCUGCUGCUGCUGCUGCCGCUGCUGCUGCUGCGGCUGUCGGUGGUGGUACUGGUGGCAGCAGGAGCGGCAAGCAAGCCAACCGGAGCAAGUCCGGAGUGGUGGUGGGGCAGCAACUGGCGUUGCUGCUGGAGACGCUGCACAGGUUGGCCCAGGAAAACGGUCAGCAUCAAGCACGGAGAAAGGGAGUGCAGCAGGGUAAAGCGGUUUUAAAUGUAAUGGCAACACCAGCAGCAGCAGCAGCACCAGCAGCAGCAGCAGCAGCAGCAGCUGUGACUCCAUCACCUUCACCAUCAGCGCUCCCUGUGCUGCUGUGUGGCCUUCGCUCCGUCACCCGCCUCCUCCUGCACCUCUCUUCUUCCUCCUCCCCUCAUUCCUCCUCCCCUCAUUCGUCCUCCCCUCAUUCCUCCUCCCCUCAGUCCUCCUCCCAUCCUGCCUCCUCCACAGUCUCCCCCCAAGCACCCUUCAUACAACGUGAGACAUGGAAGCGGAUGAAAGGUGGCAGAAGGAAUUGCGGUGGAAGCAUGCAAGAAGGUGGGCAAAGAGUAGAGGCCUUCGGGGGCAAAGAGAGCGAGGGGAAGAGUGGAAUCGAGAAGGAGACAGAGAGGAAGGAAGCGCAGGGGCAGUGCACGCGUGCUUCUGAUGCCACAGGUGAUGAUGCUCGUCCUUCUGCUGCUGCUGCUGCUGGUGCUGCUGGUGCUGCUGGUGCUGCUGGUGCUGGUGGAGCGGCGGGCGGUGGUGAGAGUGCUGCUGGUGGCCCUGGAACUCCAGGGAGAGAGCGGGAAAGUGGGAGGAAGAGGCGGCGGGAGAUCGAGACGAGAGAAAGUAAAGCACGUGGCACAGAUGUCAGUGUGGGGGACGUGGAUGGGGGAGAAAGCGAGGGGGGAGAGAGGGAGGGGGAAGUGAGGCAGAGGGAAGGGGGGGAGGGGGAAGAUGAGGAGGAGGGCAAUGGCAAUGGCAAUGGCAAUGGCAAUGGCAAUGGCAAUGGCAAUGGCAGGAAGCGCACACGGCUAGUGGAAACUCCAUCAAAUCCCACGAAACCAGAUCCAGCAGUGCCCACAGCAGUGAAGCCGCUAUUGGUAGUAGCAGCAGCGGACCCCUUUCCGCGCAUCCUCUCAGCACACCUCCCGCUCAUGGCAGCCACAUGCGGCGUGCCCCUGGUGCUCAUCGGGGGAGGUAGUGGGACAGGGUCGCUGCUUCUGGGGCGCGUGUUUGGCCUUCGCUCCGUGGCAGCAGUUGCCAUCCUGGUUGUCCCCCAGUGGAGGCGCUAGCACUGGACAUCACACACCGCUUCGCCACCACCACCUCUGGCUAGAGAAGGAUGACCAUCACCUCGCCUGGCACGGUUCAUCCUUGUAGGACCUAUUUCUGAGGCGUCUAGUUUUCAGACGGCUCAAACUUUGCCACCACCUCCUCUGGCUAGAGAAGGAUCAUCACCCCCACCUGGUAUGGUUCAUCCUUGUAGAACCCCUGUGUGGCAGCAUCAGGAUGCUCCCCUCCAGGGUUCUCUUUUCAAAAAUAACGUGUCUGAAGGAUCAGACUAGUUUUGCGCACUUUGUCUGAUUCACUUUUCAC